AUGGGGAGACGGCCGAAUGCACUCAUCUUGCAGUAUUUCGAGCGGGGCCCGAAACUGCAGGAUCAAAGCAAUCGCUAUCCCCACACUUGUAAAGCAUGCGGAGAGCACUUCCCUCGUGGCCGACUCGAUAGCUUGACGGGCCACCUGACCAAGAAAUGCCCUGCCAUUUCCGAGUCUGAACGAGUCAGCGCGCUUUUGGCUCUUUCGGGCAUGAGCCAUGCAUCACAGCGAUUCCAGCAGAGCCAGCAGGCCCAGGCGCGUGCUCAGGCCAAUGGGUCUCCGGUCGACUUACCCAUGAUACAACAACGCGACUGGACCGCCCUCGGAGUCCUCGCCGAAGUAUCGCGACAGAUCGACCUAAACGAGAAGAACGACGACCGCGGCCAGCCCAAUGGUACCGUCCAACAAGGGCCUUCGCCGCCCGAUGGGCAGCCCGCGGAGCGCUUCGAGCUGCAAGAGCAAUUCAUUAUCGAAAAUCCGCCGUUGCACCAGGAUAGUGGCACAUUUCAGCCAGUGAAGGGCGAACAGCAGCCGGAAGAGGCAGAACGGGCGCCCACCGCGGAAGAACGUCUCCAAGAAAUCCUUCGGGUUGAAGACGGGCAGUCGGACUCAGCAAACAUAACCAUGGCCGCCGCCGCCACAGCGCGCCUACAUCCCACAUUUCUCGACCCUGAGAUACUGGGGGAAGAGGCCGCGGCGGCAGCCGACGCUGCGACCGCCACUGCCAAUGCCGCGGCCACCGCUGCCGCCGUGGUAAAUAACCUCCCUGUGGCCGACAUGAGCGGAACAGAGGAGCCCCUCGCGACCCCCAGCACCCCAACGAUCCAUCCAGCGAUGCCCACCCCGUGCACCAUGGGGACACCGAAUGCGAUGCCGACACCAAGCGCGAUGCCGACGCCGACUGUGCCACCACCUUGGGGUGAGCUGACAUACGCGACCGAGACUUUCCAAGCCACCGUAAACAACAACAGCCCCAUGCAGACCACGGCAGGGCCCCUCGGUAAGGGCGUUUUCCGCUUGGAUGGCGGCCCCAAUGGUGCCAAGUCUCGCCACUCGAGGGCGCGGUUCAACGCGACCAGGCGGAAGGAGGUCCAGGAGGUCCGCAAGAUCGGCGCUUGCAUUCGCUGCCGAGUUCUCAGGAAGACCUGCUCUCAAGGGUCACCUUGUGACACUUGCCGGAAAGUUCUCUCUCCCCGGGUCUGGCGCUCGGGUUGUGUUCGCACAAAGUUCUCAGAGCAGCUGGACCUGUAUUCUGCUGGUGUGCAAAUCGUGCUUGCACAAGCCCGAAUUAACUCGAUCAAGCAAACCAUGAAUCUCGGCAGUCAUGGCGUCCUGAUUGAAGCUUGCCAUUUCCCGGAUUGCGGUCCUCGCCUUCAGCUUCAAGUGCUACAGCGCGAUUCCGAUCGAGAGUCGGAGGGAAAGCUUGUCGACGCGACCAUUGUGGACGACAGGCCGUCGAACUAUCCCAUUGUCAUGCUCGACAAUGACAACCAGGACGCCCCCGCUAGAGUUGAGACCUAUAUGCGUGAGAUCCUGCCCGACAUGAUCAAGCGAGAGCCCUCUCACUUCAUGCAUGUUACGCUACAAACCGCUGUCGACGUUGCAAGCAAGACGAACGACGAGUUGCUCAAGAAGUCGCUUGAACUGUGGGGUCUUGUAGAGAUACUAGACCGCGAGCGGCAGUGGACUAUCAGUGCCAAAACUUGGGCCGAGGACACCCCUGCCAAGUUAAUCAAGGAAGAUACAGAUGGCGAGCUUUUCAACACCAUCUGCCUGCAGCUCGCAGCCGCAGCCGAGAGGAAGGCCGCAGCUACGAGCAAGGCCCUCCUCACCGGAAUGCAGCGCGUUCUCCAGGACAGCAAAGUCAAGAUCGAUUUCAACAUGUACUUCGCCGUCCUGAUCCUGUUGAACUGCGUCGAGAAAUCCAGCUGGGCCUUCAAGGCCUGGGAGCAGGAAAACCUGCGGCACCUCUGGCCGCUUGAAAAGGAGCCGGUUAGUUUUGCACAGCAAGGCUAUGUGAUUGCGAACCUCUUACACAUGCUCCUCGGCAUUCGGAAAGCCCUUCCCCGGACUACGCGCCGGGAGAUUGACGGUAAACUUGUCACCGAGGAGGAAAACCCGGCGAUCAGGGAUUAUUUUGAGGCAAUCAACCUUGAUUUCGCCCAGGUCAAGGCAAAGCAGGAGCGCCCUACCUUUUCGCCCACCGAUUCCCGCUCAUUCGAGCUCUUGUUUUGUUCUACCCUCCUUCUUCCCAACUCAGAUUCUUGA